AUAAAUUGACAAAUUCCCCAGUACAAACAGAAAAUCACAGGAAACAAGUUGUUGACAGUCGAACUCUGACGCCCAUACAAAUGAUAAAGAUUUUUUUUGCAAAAAAGUCAAAUAACAGUCUGUAAAAUGGAGUUUACACUUUUAACAACAAAAAUAAAAGGUUAACCAAAAAAGUUCUUAGCCUGGAAUGUUAUGUUAAAUAACUCUCAGUAUAAGAAGGGACUACGUUAUGCUGUAUGUACAAGAUCUGCAUUCAACCAAAUUUAUUUUAAAUGGCUGUCCUAUGGACAGACUUGUUCACACAAUUGGAAUGUUGAAUUUCCAUCACUAGCUCAGGGCUGGUGACAGAGAUAGGCACUGCUCAACAUUUUUGUUGAGCAGGGAGGCACAUUGAAAUGGAUGUUAACAAUGCGGUUAUAGCUAAGGACAUUUUCUCCAACAGCCCUUUAAGGCUACGCGGGAGAUCUUUGUUGUGACGAGUGUGCCGAGGAAAUUCCGACCCAGGGCCCCGUGGCCGCCUAGUGGAAGGGCUGAGCGCCGCGCGUGAGUUCUCUCGCCCCCCGGCAGUCGGGCACAGCUCCUCGCAGCCACGAGCCGCGUGCGGCCACUCUGAGCAGAGCAGCGCUCAAGCUGCUCGCUCGGCGACGUGGUCUGAGCCCUCAACGCAGCCGGGCAUUUGCCUGCAGAACAGAGCAGUCCAUGCAAUUAUAUACACAGAAUUAAUACUGCCUCACAAUUGUUAUCGUGCAUUGUUGAUCGCUGCUGCUCUACUUAAGAGCUUCUGUGUCGUUAUCUGUUGGUUAAGAGCUCAUUCAAAUGCACCCACGCAAGACGCGUGCAACAAGGCUGAUUAUUUUAUUUUUCAAAUGAAAAUCCUCAACAAUGGGACUGAGCCAGAAAUGAGAAGAGUUGCAGAGCAAGGAGAGGCAAUGGUGGCAUCAACGAAGAUUAGAUAUUCUUCUAACGCAGCAACAGGUCCCCACUUGAGGCAGAGUACAGCUUACGGAAUGCCCAGGACAGGUUAAAACACCACUUGCCACGAAUGUUGCCACCUCCGAAGUACAAAAACCAGGACAUCUUGGGAAGAAGCAUAUCUCACAAUACAAGAGGGGAAAACUACACGUACAUUUUCUGAAACACCUCAAAACAAGAAGCCUGAACAAACAUGAUUCGCACGAGAGCCUUGGGCACUGGCGUUUUGGAAAUAUCCCUCAAAGCUCUGAUCUUCGCGAGUCUUCUAGUGACGAUGGAGGCAGCAGCAGCAGCAUCGACCAAGCCCCAGCAGCUCAACCAGACGAAGCCUCCAGUGAUGACCAACCGGCCGUUCAUCGUGGUCUGGAACGCGCCCACGCAGCAGUGCCGAAAGCGGUUCAACGUGGACCUCAACCUCGGCGUUUUCGACAUGUCCUCCAGUCCCAGCGAGGGCAUCACGGCGCAGAGCGUCACCGUCUUCUACUACAACCGCCUGGGCCUCUACCCGCUCUACACCGAGGACGGAACGCCCGUCAAUGGUGGCCUUCCGCAGAACGCCAGCCUCCAGCGCCACCUCGAGAAGGCGCGGCUCGACAUCGAGAUGUACGUGGCGCGCCGGGCGGCCAGCUCGGGGCCCGGCCAGCUGGCCGUCAUCGACUGGGAGGAGUGGCGGCCGCAGUGGGUGCGCAACUGGCAGAGGAAGGACGUGUACCGCCAGAAGUCACGGCAGCUCGUGCGGGAGCGCCGGCCCAACUGGCCGGGCCCCAGGGUGUCCCUGCAGGCCCAGAGGGAGUUCGACGCGGCGGCGCUCGCCUUCAUGAAUGAGACGAUCCGCCUGGCCAGGGGCCUGAGGCCGCGCACGCUCUGGGGCUUUUACCUCUUCCCUGACUGCUACAACUACGACUACAAGGAGCGGCCGCUCAACUACACGGGCCGGUGCCCGGCCGUCGAGCUGCGGCGGAAUGACGACCUGCGCUGGCUGUGGGAGGGCAGCACGGCGCUCUUCCCCUCUGUCUACAUGGAGCGGACGCUCGCCUCGUCACGCAACGGCGAGAGGUUCGUGCGGCACCGCGUGCAGGAGGCGCUCCGCGUGGCCGCAACGUCCCGGCCGUCGCUGCCCGUGUUCGUGUACUCCCAGCCCGCCUACGCCUACACCUUUGAGCUGAUGGCCGAGGUCGACUUGCAGCACAGCAUCGGGGAGAGCGCAGCACUGGGGGCAGCUGGAGUCAUCCUGUGGGGAGACAUCAAGUACGCUCGCUCCAGGGCAAACUGCGAGAAACUACGGAGCUACAUUGCAGAGCGGCUGGGCCCAUACGUGGUGAAUGUGACAUCCGCGGCGCGACUCUGUGGCCAGACGCUGUGCCGCAGGAACGGACGCUGCGCUCGCAAAGACCCGGACAGUGGCGCCCUUCUGCAUCUGAGCGACGACGCUUUUGAGGUUCAGCGGCCGUGGACAUGGGAGGAUGGAGGUGGUGAUGCCGGCGACGUCCCACGAGCCAGGGGUGGCUUCGUGGUGAGUGGGAGACUCCCGGCUCGUGACGUCGCGCGCUGGAGGAUGAACUUCGAGUGCCGCUGCUUCAGCGGCUGGGUGGGCACGCGUUGCAGCGUGGACGAGCGGAGCCAGACCCACGUGGGCUCCGGCUCGCCUGCUUUCCGCCGCGUCAUCCCCGUCAUCUGGCUCAUGCUGCUAGUUUUGUCCGAGCUGUUGGCUGGGAGCGGAGACCUGAGCGGACCAUGAAUUCGGAUGGACGUUGGACGAAUGCAGUGGCGGCCGGUUGGCCGGCCUAGAAACCCACGAUGGUUGGGAAAGGAGAGGGGGGGAUGGGGAAAGGGCUGUGUGGAAAG